AUGCCAGACGCCACCGCCGCCACGGUCGCCCGCACUUUCGUUUCCACCUGGGUCGCAAGGUUCGGUGUCCCUUCUCAGAUCACCACCGAUAGAGGCAAGCAAUUCGAAUCUCGACUAUUCACAUCACUGACGCAGCUCCUCGGUACCAACCGUUGUCGCACGACUGCAUAUCACCCAUGUGCCAACGUUACAGUCGAGCGCUUCCACCGUCAGCUGAAGGCGGCCAUCAUGGCCUAUGGCAAUUCAUCCAAAUGGCACGACUGUCUUCCAUUAGUCCUCCUGGGACUUCGGGCCUCGUGGAAAGAGGAUUUAGGCUGCACCGCUGCCGACCUGGUGUACGGCACCAGCCUUGCCCUUGCGGCCCAGUUCUUCGAGCCCACUUCCUCAACUGCCAUUAACCCCUCGGACUACGUAGAGGACCUGCGUGAGCACUUCUCCCACAUCACACCCACUCCUACGCGAGCACACAAGUCCGGCAAGCCUUUUGUCUCUCCGCAACUCACCUCCGCCACUCACGUUUUCCUCCCGAUCGAUGCUCUGACGAAAUCGCUGCAACCUCCCUCUUCCGGCCCCUUUCCCGUCCUGGAGCGGCACCCGAAAUACUUCGUCAUAGACUGCCACGGCCGCCCCGAAACGGUCUCCAUCGACCGCAUGAAACCGGCUUUCGUCGACGCCGAGGACACCCCAGCGGCCCCGACCACCAGCACCGCCGGCCGUCCCAGCAUCCGCCGCAAGACACCCAAAAGAGUCUCUUGGAGUGACGACGUCACUUUCGUUCGGGGGAGGGGUGGGGGCUACUGUGGGGAAGACGAGGAGAGCUGA